AACAAACACUGCAAAAAAAUUGGUUUUCUUCUGCUAAUUCCAGCAGCUACAAACUCAACUGACAGACAGCAAGCGAACAAGAUGACGGUGGCGAUGAUAUCCUUGGGGACUUUUAUUUUUGUCCAUUCACGAAGAAGGGAAAACUAAAACCGUCUGAAACCCCAGUUUUUUUUGGCAUCGUCAUUGACUCCUCCACUGAGUCGCGUCGGCGGUGGUGAUGAUGGAUCGUCAACGGACCCACUUGAUCGGCGAUUACGUAAUCGGACCCAGACUCGGGUCGGGCUCCUUCGCCGUGGUUUGGCGGGCCAGCCACCGAGUCUCGGGUCUGGAAGUCGCCGUGAAGGAGAUUGAUAAGAAACUGCUCAGCCCAAAAGUUAGCGCCAAUUUGCGCAAGGAGAUUUCCAUUCUCAGCACCAUUCAUCACCCUAACAUCAUUCGACUUUACGAGGCUUUCGAGACUGCUGAUAGGAUAUAUUUGAUACUGGAGUACUGCGACGGAGGUGAUCUGGCGGCGUACAUUCAGCGCCAUGGGAAAGUUCCAGAGCUUGUUGCCAGGCACUUUAUGAGGCAAUUGGCUGCAGGAUUGCAAGUACUACAAGAGAAACAUCUCAUUCACAGGGACUUGAAACCACAGAACCUGCUUUUGUCAUCACAUGAGGAAACUCCACUGUUGAAGAUAGGAGAUUUUGGUUUUGCUAGGUCCUUGACACACAACGAAUUGGCUAAGACGCUUUGUGGAUCUCCUCUGUACAUGGCCCCAGAGAUUAUUCAGAACAAAAAGUAUGAUGCCAAGGCUGAUUUAUGGAGUGUCGGUGCAAUUCUAUUCCAGCUGGUGACAGGCAGACCGCCAUUUCAGGGGAAUAGUCAAUUUCAGCUCUUUCAGAAUAUUUUGAUGUCAACUGAGCUGCAGUUUCCAGAGGGUGCUUUGGAGAAGCUGCAUCCAAACUGUGUAGACCUGUGCAGAAGCCUUUUACGCAAGAACCCAGGUACCUAUAUCCAUGUGUGUGUAACGUACCUGCUUGUAGCUUUGCACACUAUGGUUGAACGGCUAACCUUCCUGGAGUUCUUCAAUCAUAAAUUCUUAGUGGAGCCUAGGCUAGCUGUGGAGACAGAGCAAUGUUCUCUUCUUUCCCUACCAAAACAAGUAGUUGAGCAGUCUCAUUCUUCCUGUGACAAGAGCUUGCAGCUGCAUUCACAGUGUCUUAUUUGCUCUGGUGAGAACAAUCUGAACUUAGCAGUUCCAUCUGCCCCUGACCACAAAAUACAACAUGGUAAAGCUGAUGGUGGUACAUCCAACCAUGCAAGCAUGUUUCGGUCUCUGGAAGAUAUUGCCAGGGAUGAGAUGGGGAAACCCACUUUUGGCAACAAAUUGACAGUGGAUCAGACUCAAGUUGCUGGCUGUAUGCAGUCCAUUGAGAAGGAUUAUGUUCUUGUUAAUUGUCAUUUCACUUCAAAGGAGAACAUCACGUGUUACUUCGAGACGUCAUUGCAAGAAAGCUCCAAUAACGGAGUUUCUGUAUGUGGACCCACUGAGGUGAAAGUGGAAAAUACAGCAAGUGUCAUGCUUGCAGAAGAGGUUGAUCCUGCUCAUUCCUUGGAGCAGGGAGUCGAAGGAUCAGAACCAUUAGCUACAACAUGCAAUUUCAGUACAUGUAGGGAACUUCAAGGGUUAUCCAUAUUACAUCCAUCAACUAGGCUCCUCGUAUUACGACAGUAUCUCCAGGCAGUAUCAGAAGUGGUUAGUGAAAAAUACAAGGCAGGACAAUUUCUGGAAGCAUUUUCAGUUGAACUGGUAGUUUUGGCUUGCUGGAAGAAAGCAGUUGAGAUUUGUGGCACCUGGCUCACUACAACUCCUGGAAAUGAAUUACCUGAAAUCUCAGAUGUUCCGCCUACACCGAUUGAUGAUGACCCCGUGUUCCGUGCGGCAGAUAAAAUUGAAUUUGACAAGCCUUCCUCUGCCUGCAAAUGGGCACAAGAAGGGUUUGUUUCUGCUCUUGAUAACGCGGAGAAAUUGUCAGGCCACCUCAAAGACGUUGAUGCUGCAGCAGAGAUGCCAGAUGCAAUGGAAAUUAUAUUCCAGAAGGCCCUAGCUCUAGGGACAGCCGGUGCUGUGGACGAAUACAUGGACAACAAGGUCAAUGCAGCUGUCUCGUACUCCAAAGCGUUGCUACUGUUGUCCUUCAUCGUGGGAGAAGCGACUUCUCUUGCGCUCAACCCUCCGUUUAUUCUAACUCCUGCUAACAAGCAGCGAAUUCGAUGCUACAUUGUCAACUUACAGUCACACCAGUCCAAGUUUCUGAUCUCUCAGCUCCGCAUGCCACAGCCUUGAAUUCAAAGAAAAGAACUAAUCCACCCCAUCACUCUCUAUAGUACAUCCGGCCUAGCUUCCUUUCGGUUGCCGCGUAAAAACUCACCAAUUGGCAGCCAAUCUGGGAAUGGAAAAGUUAUAUGCAGCAGCAUGCAAUUGUUGAAAUUUUGCAUGUCAGCCAGUAGAUACUCGAAAAGGACAGUAACUAGCUGAGCCAAUUGAAUGAAAUAUUCCUUACAUGUGUAUAUACUAUAUAGUGUAAAAAGAAAGAAAAAACUCUGCACUAUGGGAGUGGAAAAGCUGCAAUCCUUGAAUGCAACGAUGUAAAUGAAAGCGGUUUCUUAUUGAUUCUGCUGAUAGACGAUGGUAAAUUGGUAGCCUCUUUGAAUAUGCAACUGUGGGAUGAUGGUUAUUUUGGCGACCUUUGUUUGUUGACAGAUUUGUUGGCAAGCUGCUACGGCGAAACUUGGGGUAUCGUGCAGUUAGCGCAGGACGUUCUGGGUUUUACACGAUGAAUAUUUUUGCAGUAAGUGCACAGUCCAAAAA